AUGAUGGAGGAAGUGGAGCAGGCGGCCAGGGCCACGAAGGAGGAAGCGAUAAAAGACACCGCCAGUAUCAUGCCAGAGUUCUUACACGGUGGGGCGUGGCCAGCGGCAGCAGCAGCAGCAGCCGUAGAUCAGUGCCCUUCAGCCGUCGAAGAAGAAGAAGAUGAUGGUGAUGCUGAUGAUUAUCCACACGGCUCUGUCGUGCCGGACAUCGACGAGGACGGGUCAUCAAAAUCCACAGACGACAGUGCCGCCUCUGGACGGGGGUCAAGCAUCUCGGACCAAGAAACGCCACCAUCACUACCACCAUUACAGCCGGCGCCGUCGUUGUUUUCGAAGCCACCAACGUGGAGGGAUUUGUCUGCGGCCGUGAACACUUGGAAAAUCAAUGAUGAGGAUUCUAGAGCGGAAGGAGAGGUGGAGAAGUCUCGGCCACCGUAUUCGGUUCUCAAGCUCCUAGCAAGACACGGCGCCGACAGUCAACGCCAUCAGGAGCCAAAGAAGCGGGGCACCAGCACCGCCAUCCAAAAAUUCCCGAGGCAGAAUCUCUUUGACCAAGAGUUAAAGGCCGAAGGUCAAGCCAGGGUGGAAAUCACAGAGUACAUCGAUAGUCUAGUGGACCAGGCAGAGUAUGAGGAGGCCUAUGCCUGCGUCUGGCCUUUGGAGGAAUAUCGUCGUCAAGGAUGGGCCACGGAGAUGAUCACUGCAUACCCAGUAGAGACCACGGCCUUUGUCGAAAGUGUCAAUACGGAUACUAGCGAACAAUCAAGCCGACAGCAGCGAGUGAAAGGAAGAAAAUAG